AUGAACCUCCUUCCAUCCUUCUCGGUUGAGACCUGGGGCCUCUUGCUCGUUUGCUUAGCUCUCCUGAUGUUAUAUGGGAUCUGGCCGUUUGGUUUGUUCAAGAAGUUAGGUAUUCCCGGGCCAAGGCCUCUGCCAUUCUUUGGAACGUGCCUGGAAUAUCGCAAAGGUUUUGUGGAUUUUGACAAUGAAUGCUUCCAGAAAUAUGGGAAAAUCUGGGGGUUUUACGAUGGCAGGCAACCUGUGCUCGCUGUCAUGGAUCCUCAAAUUAUUAAAGUUGUGCUGGUCAAAGAGUGUUACACCACCUUCACCAACCGGAGGCACGUAGAUCUAGUAGGGGUGCUGAACAAUGCUGUCUCAAUAGCUGAAGAUGAACACUGGAAAAGGAUUCGUACCGUGCUCUCCCCAACCUUCACCAGUGGGAAGCUCAAGGAGAUGUUUCCCAUAAUAAAGCACUAUGGGGAAGUUUUGACAAAAAAUAUUCAGAAGGAAGUGGAAAAGGACAAGUCUAUAGACAUGAAGGAGCUCUUUGGAAGCUACAGCAUGGAUGUUGUCACUAGUACUUCAUUUGGUGUGAACAUUGAUUCCAUGAACAACCCCAAAGAUCCGUUUGUCAGAGAGAUGAAGAAGCUUGUCAAGUUUGACCUUUUUAACCCACUCUUCAUUCUGUUAUUUGUUUGUCCAUUCCUUAGUCCCCUUCUUGCCAAGAUGAAUGUAAGCUUCUUCCCCAAAGAUGCUGUAGACUUCUUCAUGAAUUCAAUCUCCAAAAUUAAGAAGAAUCGUGAAAAGGAGACUCACAUGGGCAGAGUAGAUUUUCUGCAGCUGAUGAUUGAAUGCCAGAACUCAACCACUAACGGCAACAAUGAAGUGAAUCGCUCAUAUAAAGCCUUGACUGACGUGGAGAUUUUGUCCCAAGCAUUUAUUUUUAUCUUCGCUGGGUAUGAGACUGUCAGCAGUACACUUUCCUACGUGGCAUAUGAACUGGCCACACACCCUGAUGUACAGCAAAAAGUGCUGGAGGAAAUCGACUCCGUUUUGCCCAACAAGGCUCCGAUCACAUAUGACAUGAUAAUGCAGCUGGAAUAUCUUGACAUGGUACUGAAUGAAACCCUCCGGCUCUUCCCUCUUGGAGGACGACUUGAAAGAUCCUGCAAGAAAAACAUUGAAAUAAGUGGUGUGACCAUUCCAAAAGGGACUGUUGUCAUGAUCCCACCCUUUACCCUGCACCACAACCCCGAGUACUGGCCAGAGCCAGAAGAGUUCAGACCAGAAAGGUUCAGUAAGGAAAACAGGGAGGCCAUAGAUCCAUAUACAUUCCUGCCCUUCGGAGCGGGUCCCAGGAACUGUAUCGGCAUGAGGUUUGCGCUCCUGACUCUGAAAGCGGCCAUCACCGUCCUGCUGCAAAAUUUCACCUUCCGGACCUGCAAGGAGACUCCGAUCCCUCUCAAGCUGAGUUCAAAGGGAUUCUUAAGACCCCAGAAACCUAUUUUGCUGAAGUUGGUCCCUAGGAGUGACCCUACACCUGCCGAAGCGUAA